AAUCAUUCCUCUUCCCCUCCUUGGCUUUCAAUCCAGAGAAAGAGAGAAAACAGCUAUGCACAACGCUGUAAGAGGGAGAGAGCACAACACUCACAUAUUUAAACUCUAGGUUUUGUUUCCAUCGAUAAGGCUUCGAAGUAGAUAGAUAGCGCGGAGAAAAAACUUUUAUUUAUUUUUUUUUUAAUUUCCCUUUUGUUUUUCAUGUUCACUAGGUGGGGUUUGAAUUAGGGUUUUGAGGGAUUGAUUAUUCUCAAAUUAAAGUUUGUGGAUUUUGUUUAGGGGUCAGUGGGGCACCUUGUGGAUGAUGUUUUUGUGACAAAUGAAUUUGAAAUUUUGUGAUGUGAGUGAAGUGGGUGGAUUCUAGGGUUUGUGUGUCUGGUUUCAAUGGGGAGUAUGAGUGACUCAGACCGAAAACGACGUCACUUUAGCUCCUUGUCCCCAACACCUGCAGCUGCUACUGCCAAGAAGCUACCCUUCUUGCCUGUUUCUGAAGACAAAAAGCUUGACAUUGUUGUACUUCAGUAUCAAAAUCAAAAGCUUACACAAAAAUUAGAAACUCAGAAGUUAGAGUAUGCAGCUCUUGACAAUAGGUUUACUCAACUGAAGGAGAGGCAAAAGUCAUAUGAUCCCACUUUAGCAGUGGUCAAGAAAUCUUGGGAGCAGAUGGUCAAUGAUUUGGAGUUGUGUUCUGAACAUAUGAGAGAGUCAAGUGGCAAAUCAAAUUAUAGAUUUGUAUCAAUCAUGGAAGAUGGUGGUCCAUCUACUGUUCAGGAUGUGUUUCUUAGCCGUCUAAUGCAAACUGGUGCAACUGAAUGUGCAACUUCGUAUAACUUUGCAAACCAGACUAAAGAACAUCAAGAAAUUAUUACUGAAAAAGCUAGAAGUAUUUUAAGAAAUAUGGCAACAACUGUUAAUAAUGUUUGGGUUCUGAUGGAUGGAUUGCAUACUGCAUUACUGAAAAAGCUUCCUGUGGAUGUUUUUUGUAGGCAGAAAUUGUCCUCUGAUCUAGAUGUGAAAGUUAAAAACUUGAGAUUGGAAUUCAGCGAACUUCAUUCAAAGCACAAGUCUUUAUCAAGUGAAUUCCAAAUUCAGCGAGAUAUUGAUGCAAAAAAUAAAGCUGACCUUGAAAGACUGAAAGGGGAACUGGCUAGCGCUGUUGCAGAGUUAGAAGAAAGCAAUUACAAACUUGCAACUCUUAAGGCUGAGAGAGAUGCUGCAAAAGGGGCAGUUCUCCCAGUCUUAAAUGUUGGAAGUACACACAUUCCUAGUGAUAAGAUCAGAGAUAAGCAAAAGGACUUACAAGAUAUGGAAUCUACUUUGAAGGAGCUAUUGGACCAAAGUUCUACUCGGUUAAUUGAACUGAAAAGUCUUCAUGAGGAAAGAAUAAGAAUAUUGCAGCAGUUGUGUGAUCUACAGAACACUUUGAAGAAUUUCAAGUGUAUCACUUCAUCCCAUGCUUACCAAUUGGUUAAAGAUCAGAUAGAAAAGUCAAAAUCAGAUGUUCUGGAGUAUCAAGCCUUAUAUGAGAAACUACAGGUUGAGAAGGAUAAUCUUACUUGGAGGGAGCGGGAGUGGUACAUUAAAAAUGAUUUAGCAGAUAUUUUUCAAAGAUCUGUAACAGUUUCAGAUUUUAGAGUGGCUCAUCUACACUCUGAGAUACAGAAAAAGAUAGAGGAAGGAAAUAUGAUUGAAAAUAAGCUGAAAGAAGAAGCAAGAGAACCAGGAAGGAAACAGAUUAUUGCUGAAUUCAAAUCUCUGGUUUCUUCAUUUCCUGAGGAAAUGGGGUCUAUGCAGAGCCAACUAAGAAAAUAUAAAGAAUCAGCUUCAGAUAUCCAUUCAUUGCGUGCAGAUGUGCAGUCUGUUUCUAGUAUUCUUGACAGGAAGGUAAAAGAAUGUGAUGCAUUUUCUGUUAGGUCUGCAAGUCAACUUGCUGAGAUAGAGAGGCUGCUUGGUGUGUUUCAAGAUUUGAGAGAAAGCGAACAGGACUUGAAGUUGAUGUUAGAAAUGUUUAGACGCGAGUCCAUUGAUUCAAGGGAUGUCAUGGAUGCUCGGGAAGCAGAAUAUAGAGCAUGGGCACAUGUUCAAAGUUUAAAAUCAUCACUCGAUGAGCACAACUUGGAACUUCGAGUUAAGAAAGCCAAUGAAGCAGAGGCCAGAUCACAACAAAAGCUAGCUGCUGGUGAAGCUGAGAUUGCGGACAUGAGACAGAAAUUAGAAGAUUCUAAAAGGAAAAUGUGUGAUCUGUCUGAUAUCUUGAAGUCUAAAAACAAACAAAAUGAGAACUACUUGUCUGAAAUAGAGAGUAUUGGACAAGCAUAUGAUGACAUGCAAACUCAAAACCAACAUCUGCUGCAGCAAAUUACUGAAAGAGAUGAUUACAAUAUUAAGCUUGUUUUGGAGGGUGUAAGGGCAAGGCAGAAGCAGGAUUCUUUGCUCAUGGAGAAGCGGGUAAUUGAACAAGAUAUGCAGCAAGCGAACACAUCCCUGAACUUAUAUGAUAUUAAAGCUUCAAGAAUUGAAGACCAGUUGAAGUUUUGUUCGGAUCAGCUUCAAAGACUUGCAGAGGAUAAGCUUCAAUGUUCUGUCACUUCAGAAAAUACACAAAGAAGGCUGUCUGAUAUUAGAAGACAAACUCAACAGAUUAGGGAUACAGUGGUCGAAUUGCAAUCAAAAAUUGGUAGUAAUAGGGUGACACGAAUGGAGUUACGAGUAGAACUUGAGAAAGAAAGGUUUGCCAAGAAAAGAACUGAGGAGGAUUUGGAGGUUGCUAGGAGAAAGUUUUCACGCCUUAAAGAACAGAAUGAGGGCUCUUCAAUAAAUGAAAAGCUUCAACAAGAACUUGAAGAAUACAGGGAAAUUAUCAAGUGCAGUAUCUGUCAAGAUAGGGCAAAAGAGGUGGUAAUUACAAAAUGCUACCACUUGUUCUGCUUCUCAUGUAUCCAGAAAGUUGCUGGGAGUAGGCAUCGGAAGUGUCCGCAGUGUGCUACAAGCUUUGGGGUUAAUGAUGUGAAGCCUGUUUAUUUGUAACUAGAAACAUGGUUCUGUCCCGGAUGUUGAAAAGAGGCCGGUGUUGUUUUGGUGUAUGCAUACCUAGGAGGUUCAAUUGUAUACUUAUUCCCAACUGUCGAGAUAAGGAACAUUGGCAGCGAUCAAUGAGUGCCUGUCUCCAUUUGGACAAAAAAUGAUUAUUUUUUGCUGGUACUUGAUCUUACUAGUACCACCUGUGCGCAUUUCUUUUGAAUAUGGGAUUGUGUUUAGUUUAUCAUUUUUAAUAGAUAGAACUUGGAGCCAUAGGAAACGUAAUAUUUGUUCAUUGCAGAUUUAUCAUAAUACAUCUUCCAAUGCCAUUUGGAGAGGUCAUGAAGGUUGGUAUUUAUACCGUGCAAUUAAUAAUUCAAAUCAUUCCAAAUCUGGAAUUGGCCGUCAUGCCAAAUUUCCUUUGAAGUUUACUCCAAAGCUGGCACCGACAUGUCUUCCAUCUCUAGUUCUUUUAGAAGGACAAAUUUUGGUCUCUGGGAUCUGUACAUAUGUCAGAUUUUAAAGUGUCGUUCAAUUUUGUUUAUAACAGCCUGUAAUUUGUGUAAUCGUGCAUGUGCCAAAAUGUAGUUGUAAUUGAUGUUGUCGAAAGUUAUGAAAGCUCCAUUUAUUCUAUCUA